AUGUUCAAAGAGAGAACAUUCCCAAACCAAUAUUUAAUGACCAUCGGAUCGGAUUUGUAUACAAAAACUAUUGAUGUUCCAGUGGUAACCAAUGACCAAGUAGCAAUCUCUAAGGAUCAUCAGGUGGAAUUGUACUUGUUCGAUAUUAGUGGAUCUUCAAUAUACGAGCAGUGUUAUAAUGAAUAUAUUGAUGGAAUCAAUGCUUUUAUCAUUGUGUAUGACAUUACCAAUCCAGAAACCUUUGGAAACUUAAGUAAAUGGUAUCGACUUUGUAAGAGCGUGCGAACAAGCAACACGAGCAUGAAAAAACAUGACAAGUCUCUCAUUGGAGUGCUCGUUGGAAAUAAGGUUGACAUGCACAACUUGGAAAAGGUCACACAAUCACAAGGCGAGGAAUUUGCCAAAGAAUGCAAUCUUGAUUUUUUCCUUACCUCCACCAACACGGAUGACGGCAACGUGGAGCAACCCUUCCUUCAUAUCGCAGACACGUUUUACAGAUCGUACUUGGAGCGUGUUGAGGAAAUUAAAUAUGUUUGUGAAAAUAAAAAAAGCAAGUAA